UGCUCUUGCUUCUAGGGUUUUCUUCUAACACAUCUAUUCUCUUUUUCAUUUAUUAAAUUACUAAAAUUUUGAUUUUUUUUUUUUUUUUCCCCAAAGUUCUUGAUACUUUGUUGCAUAGUCACUUGGAUCUUACAUAGAAGAAUCAUAUAUCAAGAUUGUAAUUAACAGAUCAUCAGAAAUUAGAGAGAAUUCUUGGAAGAUCUGUCCUGAAGAAGAAGAAGAAAGAAAACCCUUGUAAGAUCCAAACUAAAACAAGAGACGAAUUCAAGCUCAAUCGAAAAUAAAAAAUCGAAUCAUCAAUGGCAUCAUCAAACAGCAGCAACAGCAGCAGCAGCUACUCAAACCCUCCCUGCGCAGCCUGCAAAUUCCUCCGCCGGAAAUGUCUCUCCGGCUGCAUCUUCGCGCCGUACUUCCCGCCGGAGGAGCCGACGAAAUUCUCGAAUGUCCACAAAAUCUUCGGGGCCAGCAACGUUAGCAAGCUGCUAAACGAAAUCCAUCCCCAGCAGCGCGAGGACGCCGUCAAUUCGCUGGCGUACGAGGCUGAGGCCCGCCUGAAAGACCCCGUCUACGGCUGUGUCGGCGCCAUCUCCGUCCUGCAGCGACAGGUCAUUCAGUUGCAGAAGGAGCUCGACGCCACCAACGCCGAUCUCAUGAGAUACACCAACGAUCAUACAGCUUCUUACAAUAAUUUCAUUAUCCAAAAUAAUCAUAAUAAUAAUAAUAAUCAAGAUAGGGUUCGAGAUUAUGAUCCAAAUUAUUCGUCAGGGUUUUGUUACAGUAGUAAUAAUCAUUAUUCAUGGAAUCAUGGAGGAGGCAGCCAUGGCGAUCAGGGAAGCAGCAGCACUUAGCUCACUAUAUAUAUAUAAAUAAAACCUCUCUCUCUCUCUCUCUAUAUAUAUAUAUAUAUGUAUAUGUGUGUGUGUAUGUAAUUGGGGAUGUUUCUGUAUGGAAUGUGUUUCUUGUUUUGGUAUAUGAUAAAAAAGCGUGUUUAGGGAUCCUUUGUGGUUUAUACUGUAGUCGUGUUUUUAGUCCUGCGCUUUUUAAUUGCCUUGGCUAAUUGUUAGUUGGUUUCCUUAGGAUAUGUUUUACAUUGGUGUGUUCUUCUAUGUGGUUGG